GCAACUGGUCUGGGCCCGAUGCGGGUGCACCACCACCGCCGCGGCCACCGUCCAUCAGUCAGUCGGCCUUGCGAAGUGUACCCACCGAGUGUGUAUAAAUUAUAAAACGUCGUGAAAUAAUUAUUAUCGCUGGCGCCGUUAUCGUGGUCGUCCCCUAUACGUAUAUAUUAUUAUGUCGAGUUGAAAUACGUGAACACUGGUUGUUUUUUUUUUUUUUUUAAUUAGGUCACAGACCGCCCACGAACUCACGACAUUAUAGAAUUUUAUACAGGGUCUUUUAAAAUUGUGUGCAUGCGAUUGCACCGAAACUCGACGCCAUCACCACCGGUGGGCAUAUUUUCUGUCACGCGAAUCGUUUAAAUUCGACCCUGUGGGUUCAGCUCACCUUACGCAAUAAUAAAAAUAUUAUAUAUUUUUUCCGCGUGUAGGACAAUACGAUGUUAUGUACAGUAUACGUUUACCGCACAGCAAUAUUACAUAUUUUAUUUUGUACAGUCGUCGUUUAUUCUUUUUUCUACAAUUUUCACGGGUACGCCGUAAAAAAUGGUCACCCAAGUCGCUAUUCAUACUGCGCACCUCGUCCACUGCCGGCUGCGGCCCAAUGGCUGCACCGAGAACCCUCAAAAACGAUAUUCCGCCAUCGUGGAUUUCGCACACCGUCGCAUGUGACUAUAUAUGUAUUGUAUUUAUGCGCAUUUAUAUAUUAUACUUAUGACAUUUUUUUACUCGAAGACGAUCGUCGUUUAUGUUAUUAUCGUUGCGUGUAUAUUUUAUUAAUAUUGUACGAGCUCGGGCACCUCGAAGACGUUAAUCUGUCCAUAAAUAAUUUAGGCAAGUGAGUAUAGGUUUUACCCAACUGCUGCAGCAGCAGGAAGGUUUUGAAUUUAAAGCUCGAGGACGAUGAAUGAUGAUUAAAGAUAAAGUUAAAUAAUUACUGUAAUACGUAAACAUAGAAGAUGGUUGGAAAACAGCCAAUAAGAACAAAAACCAACAUUACAGCACAUGGGCUGAAUGAGGAACAAAUAAGAAUAUUACCAUAGUGGUGUUCAUUCAAAGGCACACCGCUGGAAGUAUGACAUACAUCACACGUCACAUAAUAUAUCACACGGUCGAUGGAUUAUAAAACGUCAUCCGGUUCCGGUAGCGGGAUUAUAAAUAUAUAUUAUACAUUUAUAAGGGACAAAUCACCGGAAGUGCCACCUCCGCGGAGAUGGUUGUUGAAUCAUUAUGAUAUUAUGGCCGAAACGACAUCAGAGCCAUGACAGGGCGCAUAAAUCCGUGUUCAAGAUGUUUAAUCGAAAAGUGUAUAAUUUCAAAAGUAGAUGACGAUCCUAGGGAUGAAAUAAUAAACACCAUAAACAUUUCACAAGUAGAAGAAGAAUCCAAAAGAUUGCAAAAAUUGAUAUUAAAAAAGAGAAAAGAGUAUUGGUCAAGUUUGACAACGAAGAAAUGUAUACAAACGUCUAAGACUUCAAAACCAAUAGUUUACAAAUUGAAUAAUAAAAACGUGCAAAAAAAGUUGUGGAAUACCAACCGAUUAAACGAAUUAUCCAAGCCCAGAUUCGAUUAUUAUGAAUGCACAGAGGAAAUCGUUAGGCGUCGAUUUCGACGCGUAGACAUUUCAAGGAUCAACGAUUUGGCCACCCCGCGGAGGACGGCAUCGGAUGUUGAGCAGGUACCGCAUAAGUGCAAUUGUUGCACGGUACCUUUAUCGAUGUUGUUGCCAAGGAUAGAAAGACUAUCCGUACCUCCAAGACGAACUGACACAGCCGAACACGUUAAGACGGACGAAGACACAUUUUCGGUUAAAAAGUCAGCUCUGAAAUACGUCGCUUCAGAAAGGUUAAAACGGUUAGCGACACCACGAAUAUCGUACCAAGAAGAUUUUUAACUAUUUGGACCGAACUCGUCAGACUGUAAGGUUGUAAAAAUAUGUGAUAAAACUUAUUUUUUUGAAAAUAAAUACGUUUUUGUUAUGUAAAAAUAAAUCUUGAAUUAAAUAAAAAACAAAUGUUUUAA